CCCAACUCCUCCAGCGCCGAGGUUUCCUCCACUUCAGUUAACAAGGCUCCUGUUGGACACCCCCCGGGCCUGUCGAGCUCCGGUUUUAAGCCGCCGAGCAAUUCCCUGGGGUUUUCCAGCUCCCACUCUGCCACUCCUUCUUCCCUUCUGCCCACGGAGAGCUCCCUGGGCCAGCCGGCCGAGAUCCCAAAGGCCAAGCUGGAAUCGGAACCCCCUUCUCCAAGCCUGGAGAUGAAGAUACACAAUUUCUUGAAGGGAAACCCCGGCUUUAGCGGCCUGAACUUGAAUAUUCCCAUUCUCAGCAGCUUAGGGUCCAGCAUCUCAACGGACACUCACGCCUCCGACUUCCAGCGUGGUCCUACCAGCACUUCCAUGGACAACGUGGACGGAACGCCGGUGCGGGACGAGCGGAGCGGGACGCCCACCCAGGACGAGAUGAUGGACAAGCCCACGUCCAGCAACGUCGACACCAUGUCCCUGCUGUCGAAAAUCAUGAGCCCAGGCUCUUCUACACCCAGCAGCACGAGGUCACCUCUUCAGAGCCGGGACGAGGGAUAUUCCCAAGAACUUCCCAAUUCUGUGCACACUUACCGGCCCUUCGGCCUGGGCAGGGAGUCUCCGGCCGGCCUCUACAAGCAGCCUGCGGACAGCAUGGAGAUCCCCUCCUCUUUAAUGGACUCCUCCCAGGAGAAGUUUUACCCGGACACCUCUUUCCAAGAAGACGAGGAUUACCGCGACUUCGACUACUCGGGGCCGCCGCCGUCGGCCAUGCUGAAUCUGGAGAAGAAACCCACCAAAUCCAUCCUGAAAUCCAGUAAACUCUCAGAGGCCGCCGAGUACCAGCCGGUCCUGUCCAGCUACGGUCAGAGAUCGCAGGAUUUCGCCGUGAAAUCCUCCUUCCCUCCCUCCAUGAGGUCCAUCCUGGAUCAGGGGGAGAGCUGCGACCCGCUGGCGGCCUCGCCGGGGCUGUACGGGAGCUACGGGCUGCGGGGGAAGGACUCGGCCUCGGACGGCUCCCCCUCGCCCAGCAAGAACGACGUGUUCUUCACCCCAGACUCCAACCACAACAACCUGGGCAAGUCGGUGGCGCACUCGGGGCUCUCGCAGAAGCAGUACCCGGACUCGCCCCACUCCCUUCCCCACCGCUCGCUUUUCUCUUCUCCAAACCCCCUCUCCAGCCCCGCGGGCAGAGCGCCGGCGGCCGGCGUGGAGAAAUCUUUGGGUUCUUCCAUAUCCGCCACCUCCACCCUCGAGUUCAAGAACAUGCUGAAAAACGCCUCCC